GCAAGAAUGAAUCACCAACAAUUAGGCCCGGAUCAAGCUAUAGAUUUCAAACGUUACUAUUUCUAUGGUUUCAUAAUAAAUUUAUUGCCAAUAUAUGUAUUUUAUCCCAUAAGAACAGCUAAAACUAUUCAACAAUCAAAUAUUGGUACAAGUUCUUCAACUUCAUUCUCUAAAGUUGUUACCGAAAGGGUAAAAAUAGAAGGAGUUCGUGGUUUAUAUAAAGGUGUGGGUGUUUACGCGUUAGGUAGUAUCGGCGGACGUUUGGUUCAUUUUUCUACUUAUGAUGCAUUAAGAGAUAGAGUUCAUAAAGGAAAUGGAAAAAGCCUUGGGCUUGGAUGGUUAGAAAGUUGUAGUCAGACUACAAUAAAUGCAUUUUUAGGAACUUUAAGUGCUGUAACAACUUCUAGUUUUAUGGUACCUUUUGAUGUUAUUUCACAACAACUUCAAGUUUCAAAAGCAAAUUUAUCAACAAAUACUAGUACAAAUAACAUUACUAAUUAUUCAGCUUUAUUUAGAAGACAAAUUUCUACUUCUUCAACAACGAAACAACCUACUUUUGUUGUUACAACUACACAUGAUACGUCUCAAAUUCCUUCAAAUGUUAAUAAACAAUUUAAUAUAAGUAAAAUUCUUUUAUCAAAGAAUUUUAUAACUCAUCUUAAACCAAAAGAUGUACCUCUUCAUAGGUUUCUUUAUCGCGGCUGGACCGCAGGACUACUUAAUACAAUAUCAUUUUUUCCUGCAUAUUUUUUUACUUAUACCUAUACAUUGGAACAAUUAAGACUAAAUAAAUAUAAUAUUUCAUUUUUACCUUCUUCACAUUUUUUACUUUCUGUGAUGGCAGGCGUUUUGGCUGGUGCUACUGCAACUAUUACUUCUGCUCCUUUCGAUGUAGUGAAAACAAAAAUUCAAAUUGCUCGUAGAGCUGGACAAGGUGAAUUAAGAUGGUUGAAUGUUGCUACAAGAGUUGUAAGAACUGAGGGUAUAAAAGGUUUAUUUGUAGGAUUAACUGCAAGAUUAUGGAUUAUAGUUCCAUUAGGAAGUUUAAACUUCUGGGUUUUUGAAAAAGUUAGAGAAUGGAGUAUUGUAAAUUCAACAUUGAAUGAUGAAAAUGAAAAAAAUGAAAAAUAAUAUGAUUAUAAUAUUUCUUUUUUUAAGUCAAAUAUUAAAUAGAUGUAAAUUAGACAAGUAAAUAGAUAAAUUAAUUUAAUUUAUAAUAUGGCUUAAUGUCCUUUUCCUUAAAAGAAUUUAUUAUAAUUCUCAAAUAUUAAUUUUAAGUCGUUAUUUAUGUUUAGUUAAACCGGGUUAAAUAAUACUUUAAUAAUAAUUACAUACAAAUAUUCAAAUAAAUAAUAAUAAUUUUAUAUCAUUCCAAAUUUUUAAAUAAAUAAAUAUGUAACUGCAAAUUUUAACUCCAUUCUCCAUUACUGAUUAUAUUAUUACCAUCAUUAUAAUUAUUAACUAAUUUUGCAUCAAUGUCACCAUUGAAUGUAUUUAGCAUACCAGCAGAACCGUUGUCUUGAGGUGUCCAUAUAUUUGAAGUAUUGGUAUGUUGUUGUCGGGUUAUAUUAUUAUUCAUAAUUACAUU